UGAGGUCGGACCUUGCUGUAAAAAAGUGGUAAGACUUAUGUGUCCAGGGUUUGCUCAGCGGUGUCACCCAGUCUUCCCGUCUCGGCUCUGCUUUUGGGAGAUUUACGCAUGCUGAAUUUUGACCCCAGCCGGUCCAGUCUUGUGGACAUCUGUGAGGUGAUGAUGGAGAGAAACCGGCAUGACAGUGAGAAGUCUUGCUCCUCCACUCUGGAAUACAAUGACCUGGAGGCUGCAGAGGCUUUGGUAUGCAUGAGCUCCUGGGUCCAGAGGACGCACAAGCCUCGCCCACUGACGCCCACGUCAGACUCCUGUGAUUCUCUCCCAUUGCAGACUGAAAUCAUUGAGUCCCCUAAAGACCUCGUCUCCCUUUCUUCAUUGUGCAUGACCCCUCCCCAUAGCCCAAGCUUUGCUGAAACUUCAGGCACAGCCGUUCUAGGUACCUCAGUGGCAGGCUUGGGUCUCAAACCCGUCCUGUCACAGUCCAGGCUUUGCUCACCCUUGACGAACAGGGCUACAUGUCACGUCAGCCUGCAUCCUCCUACCACAGUUAUGCUCAACGCAUCUUCAGACCAGCCCUUAAUCCGCAGAGCCACCAGCGUUAUACGACACACUGCUGACAGCUCCGUAGACCACGACAUUCCAACACCGGCUACUGGGAAAGAAAUGCAGUAUUCUACCGAAAACCCUUUACAGCAUACAGAACCUGGUAGCAACCCCACGGCAAAUCAGCAAAACUGCAAAAGCCCACAUGAUCUUGCAGGAACCGAAAGGACUGCCCCCUCCCCUGACUCCACAGUCCCUGUUAUCGCCACAUCACUGUCUGUCUCCCAGGCCAUCCCGCAGUCCCCCAUCUCUAGCCCCCCUGUCCUCUGUCAGGUGUUUCCUGUCAAUGGGCAGACGGGAAUCAUCUCUGCAUUUGUUCAGACCCCGGUACAGAUGCAGGCGUCUGGCUCAAAGCCCAUUCUUCCACAGGCUUCCCCUCUAUCUCAGUCUCUUCUGGUCGGCUCUCCUGUAGCUCAGGGUACUGUGAUGUUUGUCGUUCCCCAGUCCCAGGUUUCUCAGGCCUCCUCCUGUCAGCAAAGUAUAGUUACUCUUGGGAACACUAAGCUUCUGCCGCUGGCUCCUGCUCCGGUCUAUAUGCCAACGGGUCAGAGCGGCGGAGUAACGCAGUCUGACUUCUCUCGCAGACGGAACUACGUCUGCAACUUCCAAGGAUGCAAGAAGACUUACUUUAAAAGUUCCCACCUGAAAGCACAUCUAAGAACCCACACAGGUGAGAAACCCUUUAGCUGUCAUUGGGAAGGCUGUGAUAAAAAAUUUGCACGCUCAGAUGAACUUUCCAGACACCGCCGAACACACACGGGUGAAAAAAAGUUUGUCUGUCCCGUGUGCGAUCGCCGCUUCAUGAGAAGCGACCACCUGACCAAACAUGCCCGGCGUCACAUGACAACCAAGAGGUCAGCAACAUGGCCUAAUGAAGUUCGCGAUCUUAACAAAGUGUCGGCUUCCCAGGCGCCAUCUUCCCUUCCCCUUAGUGUUCUUCUUCCUUCCUCAAACUAGAUUGAGACCACUCACCUCAGGACAAUAUCCCACUGUCCAUUUACAGGGGAAAUAUUAGAAAACCAAGGCUGCUACACAUCCAUGUACAUAAAACAAAAUGACAUUGCACUGGAUUUUUAUUUUAAUCAUCCUUGUUUAUAAGGAAUUCUUGUUUACUUUUAUAUAAGUUAUGUCUCCCGGUAUGUAUUUACUCCUUUUGCCAAAGUCUUUGCAUCGGUUCAUCUGUUACUUAUUCUUUACUCUUGUAUAUUUGUAUAUAAAUAUCGCUAUCUAUAUGAAUGUAACGUGUAUUCAAACUUGCAUUUAUUGUUGAUAUAUGAAUAAAUGUUAUUGAUGUUACUUCUGUUAUUUGGACAGUAUUCCUGUAUGCGAAACUACCUGCAAUAUUCCAUAUUAUUUAAGAAUAAACAUUUCUAGUAUAACUAGAUCAUUUGUUUUA